CCUUCUAGAUUAAUAUUUUAGAACAUUUUAGUGGUUAUUACUUUAUAUCUCUACCCUUGAUGUGAUCUUGUGUGUAUACAACAUAUAUGAUGUUUACUAGAUAUGUUCUUGAGUAAAUAAUAAUAAAAACUACCACCAGGAGGAUCUGCUUCAGCGCUCUUUCACUUCCGGGUUUAGGGUAUGUUGUGAGCGGAGAGACAGCAACAUGGCGGCGGUCGGGAGGAACCGGUCCAGAGAGGCGAGAGACAGGAGGAGAGACAGCCGGAGAGAGUUGUUUGCGUCUCCGGUUCUGAUCCCAAAAUGUAGUGACGUUUCAUCUGGAGCGAGCGGGAAACACAAGGGAGUUCUGUCUGACUCUGAGAACGAGGAGCCGCUGAGCCGGAAGAUCAGGAACAUCUCCGCCUUCAUCCGGAAGACCAAACACUCUGCAGCCUGCAUGGGUGGUGCUCAGAGGAGUCAGAGCUGCAGCGACCCUCUGGAGGACCGAGCAGGGAAGCUGAAGGCUCUCCAGCCCCCCCUCAUGGACAGAGUGAGCCACAGCUUCACAGCAGGGAUCCUCCUCGCGUCGGAGAACAGUCGCUGCUCAUCGGCCCCCCCCCCCUCUGACAGGCGGUUGCCAUGGCGACCCGUCCUCCUCCCGUCCUCCUCCCCCCCCAUCCCUCCAGAACGCUCCGUUAGCCCCGAUAGCAACGAUAGCAUCUCGGAGGAGCUGAACCACUUCAAACCCAUCGAGUGUUCUCCGUGCACUCCUCCCAGACGCCUGGCUGACGGACGCCUGGUGAUAACCUCCGUCGUGAAGUCCACCCCCAGGAACCUGAACCUGAACCAGAACCAGGACCAGAGCCUGAACCAGAACCAGGACCAGAGCCUGAGACCCAGCAGAUACGAGGUUGGAGCCGCAUUGAUGCAGAAAUGGAGGCAGAUCGAACUGGACCGGCAGAAAAUGAAGUUAAACGGCAAUCUGAGCGGAGAGGAAACGCCCUCUGAUCGGCACGGCAACAAGAGAUCCCCCUCUGAUCGGCCCGGCAACAAGAGGUUAGAGUCCCCCUCUGAUCCGCCCGGCAACAAGAGGUUAGAGUUCGACUCUCAGGACGCCGUGCAGAGGAAGAAGAUCCACAUUCCUGCUGUCAAGGAGAGGAGCUCCGGCAGGAAGCGGGCCUUCUCUCCGGUCCUCAAGAACUCCAGGAUCCAGACCCGGAAACUGGACCAGAACCAGAAGGAGUCCGAGCAGCGGGGAAGGAAGAGCCAGGAGAAGACCCGGCACCUGGACCUGGACCAGGAGAAGACCCGGCACCUGGACCAGGAGAAGACCCGGCACCUGGACCAGGACCAGAAGAAGACCCGGCACCUGGACCUGGACCAGGAGAAGACCCGGCACCUGGACCAGGACCAGAAGAAGACCCAGGUCCAGGACCAGGACCGGGUUCUGGCCCUCCGGCUCCAGAGACAGUUUGACCUGGAGACCAGCAUCCGGCCUGAAGCCUACUUCCUGCGAUCCUGGAGGUCCAAUCAGAACUGCAGGAGGCGGGGCCUGAGGAGGUCUCGGCGAAUCAGCACCAAGCACUAAAGGGGACCGAGGAGAGGGAAUAUGCAAAGAGACGAUCGAUUCACCAGCACAUCACCAAACCCUGAAUCCAGAUGUAAAUCAGAGGGUCUCAAAGAAUCAUCGAUUCACUCUGGAGACCGUCUUUGGACUUUUUACUAUUAUAUAUUUUUAGACAUUUUAUUUACUCUUUAUUUUUUACAAAUGACUUAAAAAAUAUCAGAUUUUCUCCUGAAUUUAAAAUGUUGUUUUUCUAUCUUGGGUGUUUGGGACUUCCUGAUCUCUCAGGAGACGUUUCCUCCUUUAAAUAUUACUUACUCUCAGCUCUCUGACGUUAUGACAGAGAGACAGACAGACAGAGAGACAGACAGACAGACAGACAGAGAGACAGACAGACAGACAGACAGACAGAC